GAGGACCUUGAGCCUCUGGUGGAUACGACCGAGGCGCUGACGGUCCAUUCCAAGCGCACCCAGCGCGCCCAGAAGAGGAGAGCAAAGGCCCAAAAGUCCAAACAACAACAUCGCGGCCUCCUGGAUUUGCCCUGUGAGCUAAUCUUAGAAAUUCUGACUCUGCUUACACCCAAGGAUGUCUUUGCUCUCCUGCGCGUCAACGCGGGCCUAAGAACUUUCAUUCUCGAGGACGAACACAAGAUCGCUAAGGAAAUAAUGGCGUGGCGAUAUGCCUGCCUCACAAAGUGUUUUCGCCUCCCUGUUCUUAUAGAGGAUGUCGACCCGGAGGUGCGACCCUGUCUUCAGAGCGAUGAGCGCCAGCAGUUGAUUGGCAUCCACAAGAAAUUUCAACAUAUGAAACCCUGGGACCCGGCGCUGAUAUGCACUUGCAUGACGUGCGUCUUUCGCUGGAAUGCUCUCUGCCUGGUCGUGGACUUUGCACACUGGCAGGACAACCUGGACAAGGGCGAGCCCAUUCCCAUGGUACCGCGAGGCAGAAAUCCCAAGUGGCAUCAAAAGAUCAUUAACCGCAACGCCGCCGUCGUGGAGAAGGCGCUGUCCAGUCCCUUGUGGCACGCCCGUAUCCUAGAAGCGCAUCUGAUAGCAACGAUGAGGGCUAUUCGUCGCCACGCUGCCAACAAGGGUAACAAGCGCACACGGUUCCGGAUGACCCAUCAGGAUAUCGAGUCGGGGACGGACGCUUAUUUAUCGAGGAGUGGACCACCGACGCUGGACAUUCCGUUUCAUCGGGACCAGUACUAUAUGCUCGAGUCUUACUUGCCGAAUAGGGGAUGGAACGGAGAGAAAAACGAAUGGGUAUAUAUGCCGGCGCAGCAGCAUGACACCGACGUUCAG